AUGCCUCUUGAAGUUGUUUUCCGCGCCGCUACUCCCCACGAUGUCGAUAGCAUAGUGUCGGUAGUCCUUAAGGCUAUGCCGUUUGAUCCGCAAUUCGAUUACAGAUUCGUGUACAAGAAGCAGUUCCCAGAGGAUCAUUACAAGUAUACCAGGAUACUCUAUGAAGAGUUCAUUUCUCCGAUAAAUGAUGACUGGUUGGUAAUGGUGGCGGAGGUUCCGGCCUCACCCGCUUCGAAGCCAGCAACGAUAGUGGGCUUCGCAGUCUGGGACGUCUCUUAUAUCAACAAGGCAAAAUAUGGACACAGCUAUGAACCACAGAACCCGACACUGGCCGUCGCGCGAAAAGGGGGCGCUCAGCGGCGGGACGUAGCGCCACACCGUCAGGCUGCUUUCAAGGCAGGCUGCACCGAGGAAGAAGCGAAACUCGAAGAGCUGUGGGGAGAUAGGCAACUGCAUCUGCAAAUCCUUGGAGUACAUCCGCGUUAUCGCAGAAAACAUGUCGGUUCACGACUUGUAAAGUGGGGAUUACAAAAGGGCUGUGAAGAUGGUGUGCCUGUGACUCUCAUCGCAGGUGAGUUCGGACUCUCACUUUACAAAACCUUGGGAUUUCAGGAAUUCGGAACUUUCGUCACGCAGGCUCAGGGCGAAGAUCUCAAGAUACAUUCGUGGGGAAUGGUAUUUGAAAAGAGCAGAUAA